CUUCCGAUCGAAGCAUUAAAGUUAGCCAGUAGCCGUCUAACUCUGCACUUCAACAUGCUAUUCUGAUUCUGCAUGCCAAUGCCAAUAGAGAGAAGACUCAACUCUUAGAAAUCUGAAUACAACAAUGCCCGCGCUAUCAAAACUCUUCCGCGGCACCUCACACUCACAGCACGACGCUGUGUCAAUCGUGACCCAAGCCGUGAAACUUCUCCAACCUCCAACGGAGCAAUGGAACAACGAUCAGCUUCAUCCCCUUCUCUUCAACAACCCUCUCCUCUCCUCUCACCACUUCCAGCAAAUCACUCUUAGCUUAGCCACCAUUCCCAAAGCCCUCGACUUUCUCAACUACCUCAUACCCCAUAACCACCAUUCUCUCUCUUCCGUCUUCGAGGGCUCUCUCCAACUCGCUUUACGACACCCCAAUUCCCAAACCCACCUUCUCAGCCUCCACCGUUACCGAAAAUCACACCACCCCACUAUUCCUCUCACUCCCACAUCUGCUUCACUUCUUUUACAAUGCUUCGAAAAUGCCCGAAUGGUGGAAGACUCUCUUAUUCUCUUCAAAGAGCUCCACCCGUCUUCCAAAAGCACCAAACUUUGUAAUGGGUUCUUGAGGAUUUUACUGAAAUCGGGUCGUGCCGUUGACGCACUCAACAUGCUCGACGAAAUGCUUCAACCGGGUUCCGCGUUUUCUCCCAAUGAUUUCACGGGUGAAGUUGUUUUUUCUGAGUUGGUGACGAGGGAUUGCCACGGAAGAAGCGUUGCGGAUGAGGAGAUUGUGGGGUUGGUUACCAAGUUGGGUGAACAUGGAGUUUUUCCGGGAACGGUUAAGCUUACUCAGUUGGUGACUAAGCUGUGUGGGAAACGGAAGAGAGGUUUAGCGUGGGAUGUUUUGCAUUGUGUGAUGACAUUGGGUGGUGCAGUUGACGCUUCGCCUUGCAACGCUAUGUUAACGGGGCUAGGAAGGGAAAGGGACACUAAGAGGAUGAACAAGUUGUUGGUGGAGAUGGAAGAAAGGAAGAUACAACCCAGUGUGGUAACUUUUGGGAUUAUUGUUAAUCAUUUGUGCAAGGCUGGGAAAGUUGACGAAGCAUUAAAGGUGUUUGGUAAAUUGAGAGGAGGAAAAGGAGGAAAUAAUUGCGUCGGUGUUGAACCUGAUGUGGUGCUGUUUAAUACUUUGAUUGAUGGACUUUGUAAAGUUGGGAGGGAAGAAGAUGGUUUGAGUUUGCUAGAAGAGAUGAAAACAAAGAAUAAAAUCAGGCCAAAUGCGAUUACGUAUAAUUGCUUGAUUGAUGGGUUUGGUAAAGCUGGGAACAUUGAUAUAGCACAAGAACUAUUUCGUGAGAUGAAUGAGGAAGGAGUGCAACCAACUGUGGUCACUCUCAAUACAUUGGUUGAUGGUAUGUGCAGAAAUGGGAGGAUCCAUAGUGCAGUUGAGUUUUUCAACGAGAUGCAAGGGAAGGGAUUAAAAGGAAAUGUCAAUACGUAUACUGCGCUAAUAUCUGCCUUCUGUGGUGGGAACAAUAUUGAUAAAGCUAUGCAAUAUUUUGAAGAGAUGCUGAGUUCAGGAUGCACUCCUGAUGCAGUUGUUUACUAUAGUUUGAUAUCAGGUUUAAGCAUUGCUGGAAGGAUGGACGAUGCUAGCGUUGUCGUGUCGAAGUUGAAACAGGCUGGGUUUGGUCUUGAUAUAACAUGCUGCAAUGUUCUCAUCAGUGGAUUCUGUAAGAAGAAGAAGCUGGAAAGAGUUUAUGAAAUGCUUAACGAAAUGGAAGAAACUGGAGUUAAGCCUAAUACUUUCACCUAUAACACUUUGGUUGCCUACCUUGGCAAAAGUGGAGAUUUUGCAACUGCCAGUAAGAUGUUGAAAAAGAUGAUGGAAGAGGGUCUUAAGCCUUCUGUUGUCACAUAUGGGGCACUGAUACAUGCGUAUUGUUUAAACAAGAAUGUUGAUGAAGGCAUGAAGUUUUUUGAGGAAAUGUGUACUACAUCCAAUGUCCCUCCCAACACUGUGAUAUACAACAUUUUAAUAGAUGCUUUGUGCAAGAAUGAUGAUGUAGAAAGGGCUAUUUCUUUGAUGGAGAAGAUGAAGAUUAAGGGGGUUCGGCCUGCUACAACAACAUAUAAUGCCAUUCUCAAAGGGAUACGCGAUAAGAAAAUGUUACACAAAGCAUUUGAACUUAUGGACAGAAUGAUUGAAGAUGAUUGCAAACCUGACUAUAUAACCAUGGAGGUUCUUACUGAAUGGCUUUCUGCGAUUGGUGAAAUAGAAAAACUGAAACGUUUUGUCGAAGGGUUUCAAGUUUUCUCUGAUCCAGCACCAUCUCAAAGUUCACUUUGUUUAUAGUAUGCUUGAGCUAAACUCAAGAUUGGUAUUUCUUCUAAGCCCAUUUUUAGAACACCAAAGCUGAAAUAAAGCUUGAAGUGGUGUACAUGCGUUUUUUUGCCAAGGUUUAAUUACUUUGUAAGUUCUUGUAGAUGUAUUAGAUUUUCAAAUAAUCUUUA